CUUUUUCUAUUUUUAUAAGCAAUAUCGUAUUUAACUAAUAUUAAAUUAAUAUGGAUCCGUUUGAAAUAGAAUUCAUAGGUGAAAACAGAAUAGUUAGCAUAAUACCAAACUUUUCACACGACAAAAUAUAUUUAAUUUGUGGUGAAUUUGGACCAUUUCGUGCCGGUUUGCCAAUGAAUGUUCCUCUUUGGUUAGCUGUUAUGUUAAAACAAAAGCAAAAAUGUCGAAUGGUUCCGCCGGAUUGGAUGGAUAUUGAGGUCUUGGAGAACAUAAAGGAAGAAGAAAAGAUAUCUAGGUUUUUCACUAAAAUGCCCCAUGAGCACUAUAUGAUAGAAGCAAAACUUAUCCUAGGGGCAGCUGCAGAGGACAUACCACGGGCUGCUGAAAUAAAAACCAUUAUUAAAGACAUCUGGGAUAUUCGUAUGUCUAAACUGAGAACUUCAAUGGACGCCUUGAUGAAAUCUGGUGGUUCAUAUGGUAGACUAGAUCACUUAACAAUGAUGGAAAUAAACUCUGUAAAACCUAUACUACCUCAGGCCAUGGAUGAAUUACAUAGAAUAAAAAUGAUGACAAGACAAACAGCAUCAGCAAAUCUGAACAGUUCAACAUUCAGCCAGUCAGGAAGUUCUCAAAACAAAUGACAUCUAAAAAAAAACUUUUAAGAGGCUCAAAAUGAAGGAUUACUACUCUAAAUAAAGCAACAUUUCAAACGACAUAAAAAAUACAUAUUUUGGGGCUAUUAUUCAAAAUAGAAGGUCACUGAUAGUGACCUGUGCAACACAGGUAUAUUACAGGGUCAGUCAAUUUCAUCUUUGCCAAUCGAAGCAAUCUGUCUUGAUUGCCAUUCCUUCCCAAACUUUGUUAAGGCGUUGAUUCCAAAUUCACUACUGCUAUAUUAUAGAUUACAAGAAAUAGAUGCUACUGAAUAAACUUACAGACAUGAUCAUUUUCUUAUGUAUUCUUAAAUAAGUUAUGAUAUUAUGAUAUACCAUAAGUGAAUUGCAAGUACAAAUUAACCACUUAAAAAUAACUACACUCUCGGCUAUAAUGAUUAAAUGUAUUAUUCAUCCAAUUUAUA